GUUGCAGAUUGGUCUCAAAAUUCAAAUUGACAGGGAGAGAGAGAGAGAGAGACUGUGAGUGAGAGAAUGGGGCACUCCCUUGAGCAUCAUCUUCACAACAACCAAGCAGUAGACAAUCUGGUGAACUUGUUGACCAAGGCCAACCACGAUCUCACUCUCGUCCAACACAAACUCGAAAAGGAGUUCCAACAAAUCUACCCUGACAACGCUAAUCCGAUCAAGCUUGUAUCUCGGAUAAAGAAAUUACAGCAAGAUUUGUCAUCUUUGAAAGAACAGUGCCGUGUACUCCUCGCUGCCAAACAGGAUUUGAUUGACAAGGCCAGGACGACUCUAGUUGGGAAUAGAUCAUCACUACAGCGGUUGCGAAGAACUAGCAUUCCUGUCACUAGUGAUUCUGAUGAUCCUGCAUACACUAACUUCAAACAGAUUAUAGACGAGUGGACCACUCAAGUGAGUCUAAGAGCAGGGGAUGAGAGCCAUGAGUCAAACUCUGAGGAUAUCAACCAGCUUCUCUUCUCGGCAAUUGUUCAAGGCAACUGAAGAAAAGCAUGACUUUUUUUUUUUUUUUGGAUAUGUAAAAAGCGUGACAAACUUUAUAAAUUAUAAUCAGCAACACCUGUGAAUUAUAUUUUCUUACAGAUAUUGAUUAUGGUUGUCUUCAUUGCCUGCUGUUACCUUAAACAGCUGAUGACAUUUUGCCUAUAUUGUCUCCCAUCUCUUUAACUAAAUGAAAUUGAGUUUUCCAAUCUUCUUUUGUAA